GCCAGAUUUCCUUGUUGCUUAUUAUUUCUGGCCAUCUGAGCUUCAGUAACGAGUGAGCGUAAGCAGUUGUUGGUGAAUGUCUGUAGUUUGUUGGAAAUGCCUUCCGUGACUCGCCAAGUCUCUGAACCAUACAGAAGCACUGACUUGACUGAAUUGGUGUUGAAAAUUCUGAUGUUGUUCACGCUUUAUGCUGAAUGCAGAAGAUCUCCACACUGGUUUCAGACUAAUGAAGGCCUGUUUUGCUGUCUAUCCAAUCCUGUCUUUGAUGUCCUCUUCUGUGCCUGUGUUGCCUGUAGUUGAAACAGUGCUUCCUAGAUAGGUGUAGGAGGUUACUUCCUUUAAGUUUCUCCCCUUGAUGGUGAUUGGAGUUUUUUGUUGUUGGUUGGGUAUCUUCAUCACCUCUGUCUUCUCUAUAUUCACUUGAAGUCACGUCUUCGCUGCCUCUUGUGUCAACUUGUUAGUUUUCUCCUGUAGAUCUUCAAGUUUGUGUGA